UAGAAAUUGAAGCAUACAAGUCAUACUAGGUCAGCUCACCUGAAGACUGAAAUCAUCUCUGAGAGUGAGACAUGGACUGUCACAAUGAGGAGUGCAGCCGGCCCCAGGAGGAGGAGGACAUCAUGGACAUCCCCCUGGAUGACCCCGAGGCCAACAGGGCUGCUGCGAAGAUCCAGGCUGGUUUCCGUGGGCACAUGACCCGUAAGAAGAUGAAGCCGGAGGACAAAGCGGAAGGGGAGGAGGUGAGCAGCACUGGGGAUGUGCUCAACGGCAGCAAGGGGGAUACAGAGACAGGAGGAUCGGGGGCAGUAGAGAGAGACGACACAUCUGUGCCAGAGCAGUGACGCCCCUGUCCUGACCUGGAUGAAGAGAAAGAGGCGAAGCGAGGUAGCGAGAUGGCUGGCAUGAGCUGGCUGGGCUGGCUUUCAGGCACACCUUUUUACCCCAGAAGUCUCUUUCUUUUCCAACACACAUUAGCAGUAGAACAUGAACCGACAGUUUUGAGGGCGUGUUAUGUGAAUUUUGUGAACUUUAACACUCCUUCUCUGCUUCUUCAGCAGUCUCAUCAGUGCGGAUGUCUUUGACCCAGA